AUGGUAUACUGUGGUGUUGUCAGCAAAGGCUGUCAGCGAUGUCGCCACCGAAAGAUCAAGUGCGAUGAGCGGAAGCCAGCAUGCUUAAGGUGCGAGAAGUCGAGAACACCAUGCCCGGGUUACCGUGACAUCGCCCAGGUGAUGUUUCGUGACGAGUCGGCCAAGGUAUUGCAGAAAUUCGGUGCCGCCGAACAGCCUGAGCCUUACCUGACGCGCAACGCCAUCAUUGAAUCAUCUCAGACGGAGGCUCCAAGCUCAAGGCUGAGUCGUCGGACGCACCGACCCAAGGACGACAACAUGCCACGCCCUUUAUCUGUGCCGACCUCCAACCUCGGAGCCAGUUUCUUCUUCGCCAAGUAUACCUUUGAUGAAGAACCUUUCUUCCGCGGUUACCAUGCCUGGCUCGCUCAUUCGUACCUCGAGGACAAGCCUGGUAAUGUCCUACGAGCCGCCAUUGACGCCGUGGGCCUGGCGGGCCUAUCUAAUCUAUCAUACGCGUCCAAGCUCGAGUCGAAAUCGAAGGAACAAUACUGCAAUGCGUUGACGGCUUUGAAGCAACUCCUGGUCGAACCCACUCGUGUCACUGAGAAUGGCACCCUCAUGGCGGUCCUUCUGUUAAUCCUGUUUGAGGUAUAUCAAGGCACUUCUCCGGCCCUCCCUAAGCCGCAUAGCUUACCAAAACCACAGAUGGUCAAUUUCCAGACCUGGGAUCGGUAUCACUGUUGGGAUGCCCAUGUCAAGGCCGCGGCUGCGCUGCUGAAGCUUCGCGGCCAGAAACAGUUUAAUCACGACCGCGGCGGCCAGCUCUACAUCCAAAGCCGCUCUCACAUCCUUCUGGCCUGCAUGCAGCAAUGCACUGCUGUGCCAUCCGCCCUGGUCCAGACCACAUACGACUUCCAAACCAGCGCCACUAGAAGACAGUGGCAACAACGCAAGGUUGCCAGCCCUGGAUCCAUUUCCGAGAUUUCUUUCCGCACAAUAAACCUCCGAGCAGCACUGAAACGUGGCGAGGUCACAGACCCAACAGGCAUCAGGGCGACGCUACUUGAGCUGGACCGCGACCUCGAAGCCUGGCGAGCGGGCUUGAACCCAAGCUGGAAAUACUCCUCGGCCUGCGCUCCAGAGGAGAUAUCACGAGGCAGUUGGUCGAAGAGGCACCGUCAUUUCUACCCCAACAACUGGAUCGCCGACGCGUGGAACAAUUGGCGGGGCCUCAGGAUUGUCGUGAAGCAAAUGAUCUUGGAGAACGAGGAUCACUCCACCACCCCAGACAUGGUCCAGAUCAGCCAUGCUACGUCUAUGAUCCGGAAAUUGUCAGCCGAUAUCUGCAUCUCGGUCCACUCGUUCGAAGACAAUCCACGCAAGUCUCGCUCGUGA